AUGGAGAAAACUUUAACUGCUCUUGUUGUGGAUGAUGGCCUUGUAAAUCAAAUGAUUCACCGCAGACUCUUGGACGCUCUAGGCAUACAAAAUCAGGUGGUGGGGAAUGGCAAAGAAGCCGUUGAUGUCCACUCUUCAGGAAAAAGCUUUGACCUGAUUUUGAUGGACAAGGAUAUGCCUGUCAUGAAUGGGAUUGAGGCAACGAGAAAACUCCGCGCUAUGGGGAUUCGUAGUUUGAUUGCGGGUGUAUCGGCAGGCUCAGAAGAGCAAGAAAAACAAGAGUUCAUAGAAGCAGGCCUGGAUGACUAUCAAGAGAAGCCUUUGUCUACCACUAAGCUCGCUUCAAUCCUCCAUAAGCUCAAAAAGGAUGGUUGA